AAAUUAUUUUUCUGUCACCGUGAGAAAUAAAGUGCCAGUAGAGAGCAGGGACAGUCAGUAGCAGCACGGGAGCCUGGACAGAGACCUGGUUUGUCUGGACAUCCACUCAGUGUGCUGGGGAAAGUUGAGCGCAACACGCGCAGGAGCAGCGAUCUUCCAGCGGGGAAGCUGUGCGUCCGACCGGGCUUCACCCAGACUCACUUCCCUCUGAUCACCGCACAUCAUUUGUUGCUGUGCCUCCGCUGCGCUCUCUCUCCAACAGUCCCGAGGCUGUGUUUCCAUCCACUGACGCACUGUGGAGGGUCCGCGCCCCGCCAGAAUCACAGAUGGACUGGUUCGCACCUGAGAUGUAAAGUGUGUAAUGUGAGCCAAGAUUUUUUUUCCCACCUCACUGGUGGUGGGGAGAGAUGCUGCACUCCGUUGCCAUGACUGCAGAAGUUUUCUUUGUUCUUGGGUUCCUGAUGAGCAGCGCUCACUCUAAUCCUAUAACGACCUUACCAGUGAACCGAGAGCGCCUUGAAAGGGUGUUGACCCUGGCCGGUGAGGACAAACAUCAGGACAAGCAAACUCCACAGACGCUCCUGGGAUAUGGAGCUCAGCAGCAGCCAAAAGAAAUCAAUAUUUUGGGAACAAAUAAGACAGUACAAGGAGGGAGCCGCACCAACUCCACACCACGAGGAUCUAAAGGUGGGAAAUCCCAGGAGCUGUGGAGCGAACAGGACAAUCUAAACCAAAUAGACGAGGGUCCCACCAGUGACGUCACCCUCUCUCUGGAUGCUAUUGAUGAAUAUGCCUACCCAGACUACAGGGGGAAAGGCUGCAUGGACGAAAGUGGUUUUGUGUUUGCCAUUGGUGAAGAGUUCACUCCAGGCCCGUCCACGUGCCCGUGCCUGUGCACAGACGAGGGCCCUCUGUGCGCUAAGCCAGAAUGCCCCAAGGUCCAUCCCCGCUGCAUUAAAGUGGACACUAGCCAAUGCUGCCCGCAGUGCAAGGAGAAAAAAAACUACUGUGAAUUCCGCGGCAAGGUCUAUGCUUCGCUGGAAGAGUUUAAGGUGUCUCCAUGUGAAAAGUGCCGGUGUGAGCCCAGUGGGGAGGUGUUGUGUUCGGUGGCAGCUUGUCCUCAGACUGAGUGUGUUGACCCGGAGUAUGAGCCAGAUCAAUGCUGUCCCAUCUGUAAGAGUGGACCGAAUUGCUAUGCGGACACGACAGUAAUACCAGCUGGACGGGAGGUGAAGAUCAAUGAGUGUACAAUCUGUUACUGCACAUACGAGGAGGGAACGUGGCAAAUUGAGCGCCAGGCCACCUGCACUAAGAACGAGUGCCAGCACAGCUAAAGAGCAGCAUGGCCACAGAGAACAUUGGCACACAAAACCAGCGCUGGUCCACUUGUAAACUUUAGCCUUUCACCCAGUCUACCGGACAUCAGGGUCAGACAGCAGCCCUUAAACAAUCCAUCAUUUAUUACAUGAUCCCUACUGCAUUAUAGAAAAAUGCUUUUCUGAAGGUUUGUAAUUCACCCACAGAAUAUCUAUUUAUCUAUGUAUUAAAUUAUUUAUGAAUAUAUUAAAAUACCGGGGUCAUUCAAGCUUAAGGAUUUGAAAAAAAAAAAUAUUUUUAUAACCUCUGUUUUGUAUUCAACAAUGAAACCAGAGGUCAAUAAAACAUGAUGUACAGAAGACUAACUGGCUUUAAAGGCCUGAGCCUCAGUUUUUCAACACGCGGUGUCACCUGAGAGACCCAGACACCUACUCCUUUACCACCAAAGUAAAGACUACAAUUGUGUAAUCACAUCUUAGAACGAUAUGGUUUACUGUGAAAUAAAAAAGAACGACGCAAAGUCAACGCAGAAGGAGAAUCAGACGACAUGAACAGAAACUGUCAACAGGAACCCUGACUGUUUCCUGUUUUCCUAUCUUUUUGGAUGUACAAACGUGUUCUGAUUUGAAAGUGAUUUUUUUGUAUUUCUCUUGUUACUGUGUUCAUGUUUCAAAUAAAUGCACAUCUGUGUUCUGUAUUUGCUCAAGUUUUACUUUUCACCUGUAAAGUCCUAAUAGAUUUUGCUUAAAAAAUGUGGUGCUCUAUUAUUAAUGACAGGGAAUACGGGAAUUUAUGUAAAAAAAAAAA